AGCCAUGCAAUGACUUAGCCUAUCGCAGGUGGCGGCAAGGCUCACGUUUGGUCUUGGCAGUUUCCCUUUCGUGAAAUGCGAGUGUGAGUGUCCGUGAGGAAUAAAUAGUAACAUUUACAAAGCCAAUUAAAGUGUUUUGGCCGGGAUGUUAAUUAAACUGUGAUUACUGUAUUUGUAGCAUUUGUUAAGUACAGCUUAAAACCUGUCAUUUAUGAAAAACUAGAGCUGGGACUGCCUUUGCUGCAUGUACUAUGUAUCCGUAGUGUUCUUCGUAGCUUGAUACUGUUAUAUGUCCCUACGAUGGUCCAUGGCUGUAGAUCUUUGGUUUAAUCCAGAUACUUCACUCAAUCAGACAUUCAGCGAUAACUCAAUCACCAUACAUGGUUUUCAUUUUUGCCAUGUGGUUUUAUAGCACACAAUUCAGUACUGUCUCUUGUCUUUAUCGCCAAAGGAUUUCCAUAGCACGGAUCACGGUUAAGCAGGCCGACAAUGGAUUUGUUUUCCCGAACUUGGUUUAGUCUACAAUGGUGGUGUCAUCCUCGUGCGUUGUCCAUGUAAUGGUCAUGAUCACAUGCUGAAAGUGUGCAACAUCCGAAUUGGUUGUAGUGAUAUCUAGUUACUCCCUGUUUUCGUUAACCUUGGUAUUGGUAGUAGGCAUAGUAGAAUCUAGUGUAACUCGGUCCGAGUUAUGACACUACAUCAGCACCGUGAGGUAACAUCAGCAGACAAGUACCAGAGUAGUAUAACUGAUAACUGUAAAGUAGUAGGAGAGGCGAAGACCAAAAAGUAUUAGGUUUUGUGUCUAGGGUCUAAGGACAUAAAGAAUAGGUCCGCCCUUACCAUUUUGGACGAGUCCGAGCCUAGCUACAUAAACUGUUGAUUAUGGUAGUCGCGGGAAUCCCGACCAGGUAAUCUAUAUCCACUUAUAUGACUAAGCCUAAGAAAUAAUCAGUUAAAUUAAUGCUUUCCUAGUCGCUCUCAGCUUUCACCCUACUCCUAUAACAUAUCGCCCUCCAAGUUGGAAGAGCGUUCCCAGCGGAUGUGCAGAUAACAUUGAGCGCUUGACAUCGUUGGUCCAGAACUCGAAGCUUACCAUCCGUCUUGUCUUGAGUUAGCUUCACGACUAGGAUCUCAUGGUAUAGUUUGCAAUAGCCCAUUCCCUUCAAAGUUAAUUUCGACUGCCUUUUUAAUUUCAAAUAUCCAAUCUCUAAGCUUUGAUUAAAUCCAGUUUCGGGUCACUGAAUAACAGUCUGUCACUAACUACAUUGGAUUCCUCUAACGCUAAUCGAAAACGCACUAAAUUAGUCUAUUCUUCCGACGAGUUCACAAAAAGAACAGUUUGACUGUUGUUGAUCCUGAAUAAUUGGAAUUUUGGUUAUCGACAAAAUAUUGGAUUUAGUUAUUAUGUGAUGUUAGGAUUUUUCAGGAACAAAGUUAAGGCCAACGGAAUAAACAUAAUAUCCAAGGGGUUAUUUUUUGUACGAAAGACGCAUAUUUCUAAACUAAGUGUCUUAUCUGAAAUAAUUUGUCAGUUACAGUAGUAUCUCAUCAGCUAGUAUAGUUAAUUGUUCCAUCACGUUUGCUCUUUGGCAGUAGGUUACUAUUGUAACAUUAAUCGGAACAAACCCGUUAUAAAACUCUUCCUGUAGCCACCACAAAGUUACCAAUAAGAUUUCAGUCUUCACCCUUCUCUAUUCUGCUUGUGUUGUCUGACCAGAAUAUCGAAACAAAUGUCAUGUUGACUGAACACCGUUCUUUGAGUAUGCUUUUUCCUGACACAUAAAUGCACCGACUCGUUUAAAAUUAAUCAUUAAUUUACUGAUUGUGUGGUGUCAUGAGAGUAUGUCUCAUUUAAAUUUUUCUAGGUUACGAAGUUCAGUUUCAAGUUCCACCUAUCCAUUGCAGUCGUCGGUCUCUACUUGAUAAACUACGUAAAUAUCCAGGACUCCAGACAAACUACAUGCGUUCGAGUAGUGAUAGGCAAAGCUUUAUUUUAAAUAUCUUAUUGACUGUCAAUCAUUGCAUAGUGUCAAUACAAAGUGACAUGAUAAUCACGAGUGUUUUAUGAACUCUUUGCGAUAUGGAUCCUGUUUCCAUUUUUGAGGAUGCACUUAAAGGUCUCGCAACUAAGGAUUUCGACAGCGGAAAUGUUAAAUCGUGUGACAGUCUACAAGCGUCAGUUGAUAGUUCGAAUGACUUUCUGAAACCUGAACCUUACAUCACGUAUCCCGACAAUACUUUACAGUUAUCUUCCAUGCAAAAUACUCAGAAGGCUUCAGAAGAAGCUUCUAGUGCUUCUCAAAAUGACAUCAUCCUCAGUGCUCUCAUAAAUGCUGGGAUUGCUCCAUCCUCUUUGAAAGCUCAAGAAGUUCACUCUAAUACCCCUUCAGUUUCAGUUACUGUGAAUCCAAACGUUAAAGUUCUCAAUGCCCAAGGCACCACCAUACUGAGGGUUGUUCCAUCGGGAAAUGGCAACAAUUCACCAAUUCAGCAAGCUUAUCCUCCUCGAAUGGCUAGUCAGUUGUUAAAGAAGCCUUCUGAUAAUGGUCUUACAAUGUCUGGAAUUACUCACGUUCCAAACAUCAUACGAAAAAGGCCUCCUUCGCUUGUCGAAACUAGUCAGCCUAUUUCAAAAAUCAGACGUGUACUUAAUCAUGGUCCAGUAGACAGAGACGUUAGCCACCAAAUCACAUUUUCUGGGGUGGGUACUGUCCCAACUAACUCAAGUAAAUGGUAUGAAACUCCCAAUGUUUCACGACCAUCCUUGCCUCCUCACUGCGUCCGGGUACCUAGUCAUACUCAAAUAACUCCCAGACCAUACCCAUUAAUAAAACGAGAUGAAGACAUGGACGAAGAUGAAGAUUUAGCUCAAGCUGAAACGUAUGCUGAAUAUAUUCCGUCAAAACUGAAUUAUGGACAAAAGCAUCCAGAUCCCGUUGUCGAGUCGAGUUCCUUGUCCAGUGUUUCUCCUCCCGAUAUUCACUAUCGUUUGAUUCUUCCGGAUGAAGUUAUUGAUCGAGCAUAUCUUUCAGCUUUACAACUGGAGGCAGUGGUGUACGCUUGUCAACGUCAUGAGUGUAUCUUACCGAAUGGUCAGCGUGCUGGGUUUUUAAUUGGCGACGGGGCAGGUGUGGGAAAAGGUCGCACCAUUGCCGGAAUAUUAUAUGAAAAUUAUUUGCGACAUCGUAAGAAGGCCAUUUGGCUCUCAGUUUCAAAUGAUUUGAAGGUCGAUGCUGAACGCGAUCUGCGUGACGUGGGUUUGGGAAAGAUCAAGGUUCAUUCCUUAAACAAGUUUAAAUAUGCUCGUAUUUCUGGUAAAACUAAUGGACGUGUAAAAAAGGGUGUUAUUUUUUCAACUUAUUCCUCAUUGAUUGGUGAAAGUCAAGGUAGUGCAAAAGCUAAAUAUAAAACUCGAUUAAAACAACUUGUUCAUUGGUGUGGGAAAAAGUUUGAUGGUGUGAUUGUGUUUGACGAAUGUCAUCGAGCUAAAAAUUUAACUCCUAGUGGUUCUCAAAAACCUACAAAAACAGGUCUAACUGUGCUUGAAUUACAGAACAAACUACCAAAUGCUCGGAUUGUUUAUGCUAGUGCGACAGGUGCCACUGAGCCUCGUAACAUGGCUUAUAUGACGCGUCUAGGAUUGUGGGGAGAUGGGACACCAUUUAAAACCUUUAAUUCAUUCAUCCAAACACUUGAACGUCGUGGUGUAGGUGCUAUGGAGUUGGUUGCUAUGGACAUGAAACUACGUGGGAUGUAUAUUGCACGGCAGCUCAGUUUUCAUGGUGUGAAUUUCAGCAUUAAUGAAGUACUAAUAGAAAACGUCAAAUUAGGGCAUGAAAGUUUUAUCCAAGUCUAUAAUCAGUCAACUGACCUGUGGGUGUAUGCAUAUCGCUUCUUCUCAGAAGCAUCACGUUUAUUAGAUCUAAGUGAUCGUUAUCGUAAAACUAUGUGGGGACAAUUUUGGUCUGCUCAUCAACGAUUUUUUAAGUAUCUUUGCAUUGCUGCCAAAGUGGAAACGUGUGUUGAAAUUGCUAAAACUGCUGUUGAUGAGGGUAAAUGUGUUGUUAUUGGUCUUCAGUCUACUGGUGAAGCUAAAACUUUAGAACAAGUUGAAGAAUAUGGUUUAGAAUUAGGUGAAUUCGUCUCAACUGCUAAGGGUGUGUUCCAGUGUCUAGUUGAAAAGUAUUUUCCAACUCCAACAAAUGUUGAUAAUUUCUCUCUCCGAGGGGAUAAAUUAGCAUCGGCAGGUGAUCGUAGCUCUAAUACAACUCUCAAUAGAGCAGGACGCGCAAUAGCUGCUGGUCAAGGAAGUGGUCUUGGUUUGAAAGAUAUUUUAGGUGAAAAAAUGCUUGCAAAGCUAGUUGCUGGUGGUAGUUUAUCUGGAUCGAAAUUAAAUGAUGAUUAUGAGACUUCCAGUAAAGCUGAUGGUGUAGGAUCUGAUUCUGACGACGAUGAUGGUAAUGAACAUUCGGAUGAGUCAGAUGAUGAUGAUGAUUCGGAUUUGAAUAAUCCUCGAAAAGCUAAUGGUUGUAACCUAUCAGAUGGAAAUUCAUCAUCUGAUUAUUACGAUUCAGACCUGGAAGUGAAUUCAUCAAACAAUUCCAGUCGAAAUCGGUCUAAAAAGUCCGAUUCUUCGAAAAAGCAAUCUCAUUCCGGCAAACGUAAACAAAAGUAUAACCAAGUUGGUGGUUCACCAAGUUGCUUGUCAGAUGAUUCGGAUGAAGAUUGGGAUCCUGACGCAUUAUUUGAUAGCUUUCUAGCUCGCAAUAUGACUCUGUCCAAUUCGACCACUAACAGUGAUAUAACCAAGCGAUUCGAUGACAACAAGCACUUUGGAGAUGAUAUUUGGGGUGAUGAGUUGACUCGUAAAUUAUCACAACAGUAUCUUAUGGGUCGCGUUUCAGGUGCAGCUAGUCAGUCGAUGGUUGUUAACAACGAACUGAAGGUCUCUCCGGAAGAAGCUAAACGACAAUGCAUUGAAAUGCAAAGUUUACUUUUGCGUUUCAUUGAAAAGCUUGGUCCAAAGCUCCCUCCCAGCUCCCUUGAUGAGCUGAUUGACAAAUUGGGUGGACCCCCACGGGUUGCUGAGAUGACAGGUAGAAAGGGUCGUAUGGUGAUGGGGGAUGAUGGCCGCGUUUCCUAUGAAUCUCGUCGUGAAAGUGACGUCAAUUUAGAACUACUUAAUCUUACAGAAAAACAACGCUUCAUGAAUGGAGAAAAACUCAUUGCUAUUAUCUCUGAGGCCGCCAGUAGUGGUAUCUCUCUUCAGGCCGAUCGAAGAGCAGCUAAUCAACGCCGACGUGUUCACAUAACACUGGAACUUCCAUGGAGUGCAGAUCGUGCAGUCCAGCAGUUCGGUCGUACACACCGAUCCAACCAGGUUAGCGCUCCAAAAUAUAUCUUUCUGAUUUCUAAUUUGGCUGGUGAGCAGCGCUUCGCCUCUACAGUUGCUAAGCGUUUAGAAUCUCUUGGUGCUCUGACACACGGUGAUAGACGAGCCACAGAAACUCGUGAUUUGUCGCAGUUCAAUUUGGAUACUAAACUCGGACGAGAAGCUUUAGAGUUAGUAUUACGUGCUUGUAUUUGGGGUGACGAAGGCAUAGUUGAUCCUCCAAACGACUAUAUAACUGACACGUCUUUGGACGUUACUGUCGAUCGGGACAAUUUAAAUGCUCAGUCUUUCUUCAAUGAUGUUAAAGCUAGUUUACAGGGGGUAGGUUUGUCUACUGGUCGAUGCCGUGAAAAGGAUAGUAAUCAAAUGUCUAAAUUUUUGAACCGUAUUUUAGGUAUACGUGUACAUAUUCAAAAUGCACUCUUUCAGUACUUUUCGGAAACAUUAGAAGAGGUUACCAGACGUGCUAAGCGUGAUAAUCGUCUGGAUCUCGGCAUUUUGGAUCUUGGCACUUCUGGUCAGAAUUUGGAAAUAGCCUGGACCAAAAGUUUUGAUACAUGGUUUUUAUCGGAGUCUACUCAAGUUCAUUUACACAAAGUAACUGCUGAACGCGGUUUACCGUGGUCGGCUGCUAUGGAAAUAUACACUCAGCAUGAUGGUGUAAAUGACGGUUUUUAUUUGCCUUCCGCUGUUAGUAAUAAUAAAAUUGUUAUACCUGUUCUGGCUGUUUAUGUGAAAACUCGUACUAUGCGAUCAACCACUAAACCCGAUUCAAAAUUAUAUCGUAUCUAUCGACCAAAUACUGGUAUGCAGGCACGACCAAUUGAACUCGAGAAGUUACAGGAACGAUAUACCCGCGUUUCUAACCCUUCAGAAUGUCAAGAACCUUGGAGCCGGAUAUUUAAAGAAAGUGCUAGACGUUGCAUUCAUAUGUUACUUCAUGGCUUUUGUUCAUCAACUAUGCAAAGUCGAACAUUAUGUGAAGUCGGUUUACGAAUGCGUAAUUAUUAUGUUCUCAGCGGGUCAGUGUUAAAUGUAUGGGCUAGAAUUGAGCCUUUUCUUCAGAUGCGUUCAAAUUCAACUCGUUGUAUGCAAGUUGUACGUCUCAAGUCAAAGGAUGGAAAACGCAUUAUUGGCUCUCUCAUCCCUCAAGAAUGCGUCCAGGAUGUUUUGGCUUGCUUGUCACUACCUCCUGAUUCAGAGCACGCAUCUUCUAGUGAUAACUUGGAUAAAAAGUUUGGUUUGCCUCACAAGGAAGAAUCUUCAGGAACUUCAAAUAAUUUUAUUCUAUCACCUCAUAUUCCUAACGUUCCUUGGCCUAGAGGGCAAUCUUUAACUGUAAGGCCUACUCAGCAGUCUAAAGUAUACAGUGGUCGUCCACCUUCGUUUAUUAAUCAGCGACCCAGUAAUAUUAUACGAAAAAAGAUUCCACCUCAUAGUGUUGGAAAUAUGUACCGUGGUUCACUGUUUACUCAGAGUUCAUCUGAACAGCGUCGUUUUGGUACACUGCGAGAAACUUUAACCACUGAUUUUAGUCAUAUCCCGAGUCAUUCUAAUGGCUACCAAUCUACCACAUUAUCACAAUCUCAUAUAUCCGAUUCUAAAGGCGCAAGUUCCAUACACUCCAAUACUUCUAUUCGGAAUUUCGGAUCUACUCGUCUAAAUUCUAAUACAAAAGUAGGAAGUCGAUUAAAUGCUGCUCUAUCAUUGCCAUUACUCUCUGACAGUCCUAAUAUUCAAUAUCAAACAGGUAGUAGUAGUAAUAAUAAUAAUAAUUAUCCUUCUACACCAACCAAUCAUUUAGAUAACUUAUCAUCAUCUAGUAUCUCACCUGUUAAUAGUUCAAGUAUUUCUUCUAACUUCUCAAUUAAUACAACCAAUAACAUUAAAAACACUUCAACAAAUAAGGUGACACGUUUCAAGAUCAAAUGGAAAGAUGGUUAAUUUAAAAAAAGAGAGAGAGAGAGAAAAAAAAAGCAAAAGUUUCAUGUAAAAAAAAAACAACAGUCUUUCUGUUUUUUUCCUUGUAAAGUCAAUCAAUUUUGUACUUUUUACUUUUAAUGGUAUAAUACACUAAAACAAACAUGUGUUAUAUAAUUUGAUCAUAUUAAAUUAAAGAUUAUUCAUUGUUUAGUUUAUUAAAUUUAUUAUUUUUCUACUAGAACUAUCAAUACUACUUAAUUACUAAUUUAGAUAUAAUUUCAUAUAAAUAUAAAAUCAGUUGUGAAAGUGUUCUAUAAUACAUAAGAUGAAAAUGAUAUCACCCCUUCUUGUUGUUGUUGUUGUUAUUGUUCUAUUUGUACAUAGUCAAUUUUUCCUUGUAAAAGAUCUAUCCAUGAAGAUAUAUGACGGUAUAAUUAGUUUUAUUCUGACUACCUCUUGUGUAUGUUUUAAUUGUGAACAAUUGUUUCUAUCUUCUUUUUAUUUUAUUUUAAAACAAAACUUUCUUCCCUAUUCCUUUCAUUUUGACUGGUUACUUUUUAAGGCAUUCGUUUAUUAUUCAUUGCAUAUAUAUGUGUGAAUGAAUUUUUUUUUUUUCUAUUCUUAACAAAUUCAGUUUACGGUAUAUGUAGAAGAGAAUGACCAGUUUGUACUUAUUUCAGAUGAAUAAAAUAAUUGAACAAAAUGAUAAAAAUAUCUUUCUACAUAGCUCUCUGCAUAUAAGUAAUCAGUCAAUCAGCUACAAUGUAGAACCAGGCAUGUUUAUACAUCAUCGGUUCAAG